AACUCAUGCGUUAAUUCAUUAGCUCUCAAACAACUAAAUACCUGUAGCAAUUUUUUUUAUAACACUAUAAAUUAAACGUAUUCUGAAUGUAAGAAAACUUUGACAGCCUGGGUGAAGACACUAAUAUGAGAAAAAAAUGGCACUUCUUCAAUUUUAAUAAUUAUAAUGGGUAUAUAGCUAUACACACUCAAUCACAUGCACUCACACAUAAAAACACACACACACGCAUACAAACACACAGUGGUGUGCGAAGUGCGCACACCACUUAAACACGGUAUACACACCAAGAUAGACAAAGGCUCAAUCGUUUUUCAUAUUUUUUUUGUAUGUCCACGGUGUAAUAGAACUUGGAAAUAAACUCCUUUAUUAUUUGAAAAGAACCUGAGCUAGAUGCCAGUGUGCAGUGUUAACUGGGCUUGUUUUCGAAUAAUUUUCUGGAGAUUUAAGCCAUAUCACAUCUGAUAACGCAGUUUAGAGUUUGGUAUAUCUAUACGUUGACGGAUUUAUAAAAAUAGAUUAAACUAUGGAUUAUUUAAGUAGUUGGUGUAAGAGUACAAGGACUUUAGAGGGAUACACUGCAGUCAUAACUGGAGGAAAUGCUGGCAUAGGCAAAGAAACCGCUCUCGAUUUGUUUAAAAGAGGUGCCCGUGUUAUUUUAGCGUGCCGCAAUUUAGCCAAGACCGAAAAGGCGAGAGAGGAUAUUCUAAAGCAAACCAAUGAUGAACAUAAAGGGUCAUUAGCUAUAGAAAAGCUUGAUCUGAGCAGUUUACAGUCAGUUCGUGAAUGCGCUUCUCGCAUAUUGGCCAGCGAGUCUAAAAUCAACAUUCUUAUAAACAACGCGGGUAUAAUGAUGACUCCAAAGGCCACGACGGAGGAUGGUUUCGAGAUACACAUUGGUACCAAUCACUUUGGGCAUGCUCUGUUCACAUUGUUGUUAUUACCACGAAUAUUAGAGAGCGCAACGCAAAUUCCGGCAAGAAUUGUAACUGUGGCAUCUCUGGCGCACAUACUCUCCAAUUUUGAUUUUGAUGAUGUGAAUAUUGAAAAAACGUUUUAUCUGCCGGUGAAAGCGUACAGCAGAAGUAAAGCUGCAAACAUAAUGUUCUCUAGAGCUAUACAUUUAAAACUAAGAGAGCAUAACAUACAAAAUGUUAACACGUACAGUUUACACCCUGGAGUAGUGGCAACCGAACUGGGUAGGGAUUUAGACAAAACUGUGUUUUAUGGGACGACAUGGCUCGUCUAUAACGUCAUCAAGUGGGUCAUACGAUCACCACGCAGCGGUGCCCAAACGACCAUCUACUGUGCUGUUGACGAAGCUUGUGCCAACGAAAGUGGACUUUACUACGACAACUGUGGUGUUUCCCGAAAAUACUGGCAAUGCAGAAGUGACGUAUCUGCUCUGAGACUUUGGGACUUGACUCUUGAGAAACUAGACAUGCAAGAUCCGUUCGCGGCCAAAUGAUGCACAUUAUGUAAAUGUUAUUUUAAAAUAUAAUAAAAUAUAUGUUAA